AUGGUUGAUAACCCUUGGCCUGAGGCACCAAUUACAGUCAUCGGUCCGUGCGUAGCCGACCUCGGGACUGACGUAGAAGCAUCCUUUUUCUAUUGCUUCGCGCACAUCGGCACUACCAGAUUGUCCGCCAUGAAUACGAUUCGAUCUACCUGGAUGGGCUGGGGCACCCUUUGCCUUGCUGGCGGCGGAGCGUACUAUUUCGCAAAGCAAUCGAUCAACGCCGACCGACAAGCCCGAUUCGAAGCCGAAGUCAAGCGCAAGGCCCAAAUGAAGCAAAUGGAGGAUGAGCACAAGCGCCAAGCGCAAUUGGCGUCGACACCAACCCCGGGCAACGACACUAGCUCGAAACGAGCGAGCAUGGCACGAUUCCAGAACGCCUCCGACGAUGCCGCCUCACCAAGCGCCGAAGCUUCUCACGAUCCAGCGCCUACUCGGCACGAACCCUUGACCGAGACCGACCGUGUGUUGGAGAAAGGGAAAUAUGAAACGUCACAGCCGUACCGGCCUCCGAGUGGGAACCGGUUUAGCUGA